GCCCCGGAAGUGAAACCUGCGGCCUUCCAGGUGUGUGUUUCCGCGCGUCAGGAGGCAGCUUUGGAGAUGCCGGGUGCCGCAGCGAAGAGUUCAGAUUUGUCUGAGAGGAUCGAGAGCUUUGUGGAGACCCUGAAGCGGGGCGGUGGGCGGCGCAGCGAGGACAUGGCUCGGGAGACCCUGGGGCUGCUGCGCCGAAUCAUCACGGACCACCACUGGAGCAACGCGGGGGAGCUGAUGGAGUUGAUCCGCAGAGAAGGCAGGAGGAUGACGGCUGCGCAGCCCUCCGAGACUACCGUGGGCAACAUGGUGCGGAGAGUGCUCAAAAUCAUCCGGGAGGAGUACGGCAGACUGCACGGACGCAGCGACGAGAGCGAUCAGCAGGAGUCCCUGCACAAACUCCUGACCUCCGGAGGCCUGAGCGAGGAUUUCAGCCUCUACUAUCCCCAACUUAAGUCCAACAUCAUUGAGGCGAUUAAUGAGCUGCUAGUAGAGCUGGAAGGCACAACAGAGAACAUCGCAGCCCAAGCCCUAGAGCACAUCCACUCCAAUGAAGUGAUCAUGACCAUUGGCUUCUCCAGAACAGUUGAGGCCUUCCUCAAAGAAGCUGCCCGAAAGAGGAAGUUCCAUGUCAUUGUGGCAGAGUGUGCUCCUUUCUGCCAGGGUCAUGAAAUGGCCGUCAAUUUGUCCAAAGCAGGUAUUGAGACAACUGUUAUGACUGAUGCUGCCAUAUUUGCUGUUAUGUCAAGAGUCAACAAGGUGAUCAUUGGCACCAAGACCAUCCUGGCCAAUGGUGCCCUGAGAGCUGUGACAGGAACUCACACUCUGGCACUGGCAGCAAAACACCAUUCCACCCCACUCAUCGUGUGUGCACCCAUGUUUAAACUUUCUCCACAGUUCCCCAGUGAAGAAGAUUCAUUUCACAAGUUUGUGGCUCCUGAAGAAGUCCUGCCUUUCACAGAAGGGAACAUUCUGGAGAAGGUCAGUGUUCACUGCCCGGUGUUCCCCCGGAGCUUAUCACCCUCUUCAUCUCCAACAUCGGUGGGAACGCACCUUCCUAUAUCUACCGCCUGAUGAGUGAGCUCUACCAUCCUGAGGAUCAUGUCUUCUGACCAUCCCUCAUCCUAAGCAGAUCCAGAGUGGAGCAGAGACUCAGUGCUGCUGCUGUAACCUAUCCUAGCAGUAGGGGUGGACAGAAUCAACCUAAAAAGCCUUGAUAUGAUCCUGCCUGCACAGUCAGUCAUCAUCCUCUGAUCAGGCACACAUCCCGGACUGUUUCUUGCUUUUAACAGUGCGUCAGGAUUUAGCCUAUUGAUUUUGGAGCGUCUUAGUGACCUGGCUGCAUCUGUUUCAUGAACAACUUUCUGGUUCAGUGGUGUGUUAGGCAUGAUACUGACUACCUUUCUGGGAUACAGAUUUUUUGCUCAGAAGUGGCUCCUGCACCUUCUAGGCUGUGCCAAUAAAAGCUACUGGAAGGUU